UAUUGUGUCAGUACGCCACCGUACCGUCCGAGCAUGAAAGCUCCUUUGUGCUUUGGGUAAGCUUCCUGAGUGUCGUUUUCAGCACACGAAUUAUUCGCGCCAUGGGCGUUUGGCUCAAAACAUCUAUUCUCCCACCUGUUCCUUGGCUACAAAGGCAAACCCCACACGUAAUUUACCGAAUCUAAAAACUUUAGUGGCAGUCAAGUUCUAUGUUAGUUAUUUGCAAGUCUUCGGACUCAUCGGGUUGUAGUGAACUUCUUCCAGCGGUACCAGAAAAUGGUGCUGUGCUGAACAGUGGGGCUACAUUUUUUUAAGAAUUUUCAACCACUUUCGAAAAUUCUGUGAAAUUAGGUACUUGUUUUAAAAAGUUCCACAAAAGCAACAUAUAUGAAGUUUCCAAUCAACUUCAGCCUGGAUUAUAUGGAUUACAUCAACUACUAUACAUAUUUUCUCGAAACGCACAGUGACUCUAGGACUUCAAAAUGGUUCCUCAUGGGUUCCCCCGGUCCCGUUCUGACAAUAAUUGCCACAUAUUUAUACUUUUGCAUGUAUGCGGGACCCCGGUACAUGAAAGACCGGAAACCAUUUGAUCUUAAGAAUGCGAUAAUCAUCUACAAUGGGUUACAGGUCAUCUUUAGUGUAAUUUUGGUUUACGAGGGAUUAAUGGGUGGUUGGGCAACUGGUUACAAUUUGAAGUGUCAACCUGUAGAUUAUUCGAACAAUCCCAAAGCCGUCAGAAUGGCCCAAGCCGUGUGGUUGUACUUUCUGUGCAAAAUCGUCGAACUGCUGGACACGGUGUUUUUCGUGUUGCGCAAAAAAAUGAACCAAGUGAGUUUUCUUCACCUGUACCAUCACGCCAUGAUGCCCGUUUGUUCCUGGAUAGGUGUGAAGUUCCUACCGGGCGGUCAUGGUACUCUUCUGGGUUUAAUUAACUCGUUUAUUCAUAUUAUCAUGUAUUCAUAUUACUUUGUGUCUUCGCUGGGUCCGCAGUACCAGAAAUAUUUGUGGUGGAAGAAACACGUGACGGCGAUGCAGAUGAUACAAUUCUGCAUCAUAUUCAUCCAUAAUUUGCAAGUGUUGUUCCGUCAGUGUGAUUUCCCGAAAAUUAUUGCAGGUUUAUUAGGAAUGCAAGCGUUAUUGUUUUUGUUUUUGUUUGGUAAUUUUUACCACCAAACGUAUAUUGUGGGACCAAAGAGAGCUAAGGAAAGUAUCAACAAUAAUGUACAAAAUGGAAAAACUAAAGUAAAUUAACUAGUCUAGUUAAUUUUACUUUAUUAUUUAUUGUGAAUGUUUAUAUCGUUAGAUUUUGCAAAAUAUAAAGAUGCUCUGUGUUA